UGCUCGCUGCUUCCAGAUGUGAGCGCAGAAACUCAGAGAAGCAACUGAAUGAGUGGGACUUUCUGCGUGGGACUUUGGCUUCACAUCUGUCUGUGACACAAUAACUUGUGAAGCUUUUUUUCUUCUUUAUUUGUUGCUGUUAAAAAGGGAAUCUAACGCUGUUUCGGAAAAUAAGGUGGAACAACAAGAGCAAUGGAGUUUUGUUUGCAUGCUCAACUUUUUACUGUUGUUGUCUUUUGCUUUAAGGUCUGUGCUCAGGUGGUGGCAAAUGAAGCGCAUUCAGAUUUUGGCUUGCAGGUGUUCACCACAGCUUCAUGUUACUGGUCUCUUGAUGCAGUGGAUGGAAUUCAUGAGCUGUGGGACCAGAUUGGAAGCAGACCUCCUAAUGACAGCAACGGUGGAAUAACUGUCAGAAUCCACAACCACACUGUGCUCCCUUCUUCCCAUAACUCUUCCUAUGUGUAUACCAAUGACUCUGCCUACACUAACAUUUCUGCAAUAGUAGACAUUGUUGAAGGAGUUUUAAACAAUGGCAUAUUUCUGGACAGGGAUAAUGGCGGCACUUUUCUCCACUUCAGAAACAACCACAACUCCUGCAUCAGUGAUCCUAUACUGCGUGGUGUUGAGGGUAUCACCCUCACCUUUUUUUGGAAAAAACAAAAGGAGGAUUCCAACUAUGCAGUGGCGUCUGGAGCAAAAGUUAUCUCCAAUGACUUCUCAGUCUUUACAACCUCCGACAAGGGAUUUGUGGAGCUUUACUCGAGAGACGACAAACACAGAUGGAGAGCGGAAGUUCCUCUGUCAGGCCCAUAUUGGACCAAUGUUCUGUUCACCUGGACAAAGACGGACGGUCUAAAAGUUUACAUCAAUGGGACUUUCUUGAACGCCGACCCAUCCGGCAGUGCCUCAGAGAACCCUGGUGACAUCAGCUCUGAUGUUAUCCUCAAAACUGAAUACAACAGGGCGCACCGUCGUUAUGCAACUUGGGCUUUCGAUGAAUUUAUCAUCUGGAGUAGGGCCCUUACACCCCGCCAGAUCCAACUCUAUUACGCUGCAGCUGUAGGUCAGGAUAUGGUUUCUACCACAACUCAAGGAAACGCUGCGGAUGUCCCCACAACUGCAACAACAGAUAGAGCAUUUGAAGUGAGUCCUCCUGUCAGCAGCAGUCAUCAGGAGUUGGUCCAAAGCUCCCAGGGUCCUAGCACUUUGCCUGUGCUGGACUUCCUCAGCACACUGCCCAACAGGACAAUUCCUCACAACGCUGCCAACAACCUCACACAGGCUUUUCUCAACAGUGUGGAAGAAGUCCUGUCCUCUCCAGGUCUACCAGAGCAGUCCGGCCCGGUGGUCAGCAGUUUGAUUGAUACUGUGGAUGUAGUGAUGGGACACAUGGUGACAAACCUGGAGUCCAGCUCUAGCUCUCCCUUUUCCAUGGAGGGAACCUCUUUGGUUGCAGAUUACUCCCUGAUGAAACUGUCCCAGAACUUCCAUCUGCCACAUUACCGCUUUCCCACACAGGGGAAAAAUUACAUCUCGGUACCCGGAGAGGCAUUUACAAUGCAGACUCAAACCACCAUUGUUGGCCUCUUCUACCACAACAUGCAUAAGUACUACAAAGAAAUCAGCCCAGUCAAGACUAGGAUUCCCGAGGCAGCAGACUACAAGGAUCACAAGAUACAGGUAGCAAGCUGCCUGAUCUCUCUGAAAGUGGAGCCUUUACCAGCUUUGUUGGUGAACCAUUCGGGAGCACCGCUCAUCAAGAUUGUCCUCACCCAUGUUCUGACUAAAGAACAAGAAGAGCAAAUGCUAAAUCAAAGUAAUAAAGUCUUCCUCUACUGUGCCUUUCUGGAUUACAGUGCUGAUGAGGGGGUAUGGUCCAAUGAAGGCUGUUUCCGCUCAGAUGGAAACAUGUCAUACUCUGUGUGUAUGUGCAACCAUCUCACCAAUUUCGCCAUGCUCAUGCAAGUCGUGCCCUUGGAGCUCACUACUGGCCACAAGAUGGCGCUGUCAACCAUUGGGUAUAUUGGGUGUUCAAUUUCCAUCUUCUGCCUUGCCAUCACUCUGGUUACAUUUGCUGUUCUUUCGUCUGUCAGUACCAUCCGUAAUCAGCGCUACCACAUUCACGCCAACCUGUCCUUCGCCAUCCUGGUGGCAGAGAUCCUACUGCUGAUCAGCGCCAGCUUUGAACCGGGCACGCUGCCCUGUAAGGUCAUGGCUGUCCUGCUUCACUUCUUCUUCCUGAGUGCGUUUGCCUGGAUGCUGGUGGAGGGUCUCCAUCUCUACAGUAUGGUGGUGAAGGUGUUUGGCUCUGAAGGAAGCAAACAUUUUUACUACUAUGGCAUUGGAUGGGGAUCUCCGCUGCUGAUCUGUGUUGUGUCUGUAACGUCGGCUUUUGAAAGUUAUGGAGACAACUGCUGGCUCUCACUGCGGAUGGGAGCCAUUUGGGCGUUUGUGGCACCUGCUAUUUUUGUCAUUGUGGUUAACAUAUGCAUUCUGAUAUCUGUGACGAGGAUCAUAUCAAGAAUCAGCGGAGAGAAUUACAAGGUUCAUGGAGAUGCGAAUGCCAUUAAGCUCACAGCCAAAGCGGUGGCGGUGCUCCUGCCCAUACUUGGCAUUUCCUGGAUCUUUGGAGUUCUUGCUUUCAACACACAUACAACUAUUUUUUUGUAUAUAUUUGCUGUUUUUAACUCAUUACAAGGGUUCUUUGUCUUCUUGUUCCAUUGUCUUCUCAACUCUGAGGUAAGAGCUGCAUUCAAGCAUAAAACCAAGGUUUGGUCUCUAACCAGCAGCUCUAUAAGAAACGUCAAUGUGAAACCAUUCAACUCUGAUAUUAUGAACGGAAACAAGGAGGGUGUAACUCCCACUAAGAUGAACACAUGGGACAAAAGCACCAACUCCGCCAACCGUUUUGACCUCUCCGCAGUGUAAAAACAAACCAAAAAAGAAACAAGCUGUUUUUGUGUGUGACAGAAGAGCGACGUGAGGCUCCCUUGGGUGGAAAGGCAAACACUGACCAGAGUAUUCUUCCUGUCACUAAAUGAAUUGGAUUUGAAGUUGUGUGACUCGUUCUGGCUUAAGGACAAACAGACUUGUUGGACUGUGCUUUAAUAUUCUUCCACAAAAACCUGUUUUUUGUUUUGUCCAAGUAUUCAUUUUGAUAUCUGAGGAGAAGUGCACCACAAAAAAUCCCACGGAGAGAAGGACAGGGUUUAGCAGAAUCACGUAAACAAUGUGGGAAAGCAGGAAAACGCUGGAGCAUUGUUUACACCAGUAACUAGCAGACAGCUCAUCAGAUAAACUAAACCUGCUUAUUUCUAUACUAAGACCAAAAAUUAGAAUCUGGGCCAAUUGUUCUGUUCUUGUUGUCUUCAUUUCUUGCUAAAUGUAUUGAUUGUGCAAAAAUCAAGUUUUCCAUCUGCUGCAAAUUUUCUCUAACCAUAGUUUCAUCUUGCAAUGAAUGUUUAAAUUUAUGAUUAUGAUC